UCCUCUCUCUCUCUUUCUGUCAAACUCACGUUCACUUCUUACUUGGCUUUUCCCCGUCAGUAUCUGUGGCACAUAUCUGUAACUGCCAGUCUUGUGCUUGUCCUCAUCCUGUCUGCUUUGCAUUGUUGAAAUAGACCUUCCCAAAUAGAUCACUUGAAGAUCUUCCUUCUACUAUGUCGAGUAAUGGCAGCAGUUUCAAGCUGGACGAAACAACCCUGUUCAUUUUCCAGAGUGUACACACCAGCAUCUUUAUUUCUGUCAUCUACAUCAUCAUCACUGCAGUCAACCUGGUAGGAAAUGGUCUGUCCAUGUGGCUUCUUCUUUUUCGUACCCGACCCAAGACUCCCUCUAUCAUCUUCAUGAUUCAUCUGACCAUCACCGACUUGGCUGUCGGCGCUGCACUGCCCUUUCAGAUUGCCUACCAGCUCCAGGGUUACGACUGGAAACUGGGAGCCACCAUGUGCAGUGCCUUGACCCUCAUCUUCUUUACCAACAUGUAUUGCUCCGUCCUGACUAUGAUGGCCAUUGGUAUUGACCGCUACCUGGGAAUUGUGAGACCCAUGCUGUUCAGAGCCACCAGGGAGAGGAAGUCCAUUGCUGUCAUAAGUUGUCUCUUUAUGUGGGCUUUAGUUCUGUCUGUUCUUUAUCCUUUUAUGUCCUCAGACCUAACCUUUUACGUACAUGAACUCGGGACUAUUACGUGUUUUGAUAUGCUGAAGAAAAAUAUGCUUCCUAACAGGCCUGCCUGGGCAGCCUACAUCUUUACUUGGCAGUUCUCUCUCUUUUUCUUCCCCUUUUUUGUCACGACUUUCUGUUACGUCAGUGUCAUACGGAAGUUGGCCCAGGAUUCCAAGACAGUCAAGAAAAACAGAGCCAAGCGGCUGGCGUUUGUUGUUCUUAUGGUCUUCACCUUUUGCUUUGCUCCCAACAGCAUUCUACUGUUGAGUCACACUGUGUUGAAACUCUUCUAUGGAAAGUCUCUGUACAUUUACUACAAACUGACUUUGUGUUUCAGCUGCCUGAACAGCUGCCUUGAUCCCUUCAUUUACUAUUUUGCCUCUAAAGAAUUCAGACACAAGCUGAGACAGAUGAUAAAUAUCCCCACUCUAACCAGUGUGGACUCAAUGAGGAUGGAGCACAAGGAGAGCUUAUAUUCUACAGAUUACAAUUGUGAGAAUCAGGAAAGGGAGCGCAGGUCGAGGAGAAUUUGACUUUCCUCGGACUGUUGUGCUGAGUGAGAGAGGGAAACCAAAAAAGGAAGUGAGCAGACAUGUCAGCCUUUGUUAAAUUCCCCUGAAUGUGAACUACUCUUACCACACUUUUUUGGCUGAAAGCAGCAAAUAUUUGAACUCUUGAAACUUGAUUUUUUAUGUGCACCACACAACACAUAGCAUUGACCUUUGAACGCAUGUUUUUGUAAAAAAAAAAACCAAAACAACCAGUCAUUUGUAUAUACAACAUUGUUUGCACCUUUGAAUAUUUGAUAUCUGUCUUUAUCGCCAAUUAUUUAGACAAAAUAAUUAUAUAUAUAUAUAUGUAUGUUUUGAUACAGUGUACAAAAUAAACUUUGUUGUUCUUCCCAAAGAAUA